AUAAACAACUCUAGUGAGGACGUUAAGCAGCGAAGACCACAAUGUAUUGGGACUAAUUAUUUGAUCUCUCAUGAAUUUCCUAUUCAUCAUCACAUUGACUUAUUUUUCGACAUGUCACUGUUGGGCCAAAAAAGAUGAGCGGCACGACAGCAUCUGUGGUCUUCCCAAGCAGUUGCUUGAGUCAUCAUCUAUUUCAUUGGAGAUCAAUAAAAAGGGUUUUCAUAGGGAGCUGGUAACCACUGUUGAAUUCAGCCCUGAUGUUCCCAGUGCCCUUAAAGUUUUGUUGGUUCAUAGAUUCCCUUCAGGAAUUUAUGUUGAUCCAUACCAACUUACAUCAAUGAGUGAGCACAGCCUCUUGCAGAUUUUACUAGAUUCAACUAUUGACCUAGAGAUGCCUGCUCAUAAGACUAUGGGAUUUGUGGCACUUGUGUACCCUACACUGGAUGAAAAAAAUCCCAGACUUCUAAAAGUAACUGUUCCAGUGCAUGGGCGGUACCACGAGCCUUCUGUUGAUGGUAAAAUGUUUGCAUCUGUCACCUUGGAGCCUCCAGACCUACUACUGCGUGCCAACAUGUGUGCGCAACUCUAUCACUCAGAGUCUCAUACUAUCGUGGAUGCACCCUGCACUGUGGACAACUUAAGCAUGUGUCAAUGGAUUAAAAUUCAGCCACAGCAGGAGCAGAGCCAUGUGAGCGUGCAAAUCCCAGUUGGUGAUCGGUCUUUGGUGACAUUUGUAUGCACCGGCACCCUUCUAAUCACAAUGAUGUGUUGUGUGGCACUCUCAAAAAUAAUCUGGAAACAUGGAGAUUUUAAACAAGAAUAAAAUAUAUCUGAA